UUCGAUUCCUUUCUGUGAUUGUGCGUGCCCUCCCCAGCACCGUCUUACUCUUGGGCCUUAGGAUAGGACGAGACAUGAAAGGACAAAGUUUCCAAGGAAACGAAGUGGAAGUGACGCUUGCAUGUCACUGGAUGGAAGCUGGUCUCUUGCACUAUAGGACAAACGUCCCGCUAAAAUCGAGCUGCUGCAGGAAGGAACGGCCAACGACAAUUGCAGAAGAUGCGUUCCACUGGAUUCGAAGCUUGAGAACUGUGGGGGAGGAGAGAGGUUGAAAAGUAAGUCAACAACAUGUUCGACUUUUGCAGUAUCUCGCUGGAUGAGUUUGGAUCGAACAUCGACAUACGUUUUGCAUUUGCACGCAGACGAUAUCCACAACUGGUCCAGAUUCAAAGUGUAACUCUGACGGAGUGUGGUCUGAAGAUUCAGUUUCGUGCUCAACGCAGACUCUGCUUGCUUCAAGCCACAAAGAAGAAUCUUCGAGAGGCUGUUCGCACAUCGGAACAUGUGAGGGUCCUGAACGCCGGAGGCGGCCAUACUAUUCAACUUCACCCUAGCUCUUGUGGUCCAUAUGCAUCCUGCUUGCAUUUUAUAUUUCGUUAGAUAGAGUUUUUGGAAUACAAUAAUCCUCUAUUGGAUCAUUUUUUAUAGAUUAAGUAUUGCUUUCAGAAUCUUCCACAACUAAUUAGAUGACCGAACCAAGACUGCAAAGUAUUACAAAUGCUC